AUGAAUGACAACAAUCAACUGAGCAACUUACUCAAAUCGAACAAUAUGUGUUCUAUUCGAAACAUUCUUUUACUCACUGGUUUUAUUGCUGUGACUCUCUCGCAGAAUCUUGGUGGAAUCGGUGGAAUUGGAGGAGGUUUGGGUGGCCUGACAAAUGGACUUGGUGGACUCGGAAAUGGAAUUGGUGGAUUGACGAAUGGUUUGGGAGGAAUUGGUGGUGGAUUGGGCGGAUUGACGAAUGGAAUCGGUGGAUUGGGAGGAUUGGGAGGAUUGGGAGGAUUGGGAGGAUUGGGAGGGAAUGGAGGAAUGGGAAAUCAGAAUGGAGGAGGAUUGAUCGGUGGAAGCAAUGGAAUCAACCUUUGUGCAAGUAUUCUCGACUGUGAAGGAGCUAUGAAAUGUUGUGGCACCAAGAAUCCAGGCCUUUUGGCCGGUCUUCUCGGUCCAAAUGGACUCCUCGGAAAUCUCCCGCUUUUAGGUGGACCAAAUGGGCUCCUCGGCCGUUGUGCUCCAAUCUGUUUGCUUCCCGAGAUCAACUUG